UAUCAGUUGCGCUCAAGAGAGCGUCGAAGUCGGUUCACCCUUUCCGCUGCAUUGGCUCAAGUUAAACUUAUUGACAGACACGCAAAUUUUACUACUUCCUUCGCUGUAAUCCUUCCUAUCUAGAGUGUUGUCAAAUAAGUGCUUCCGCAUAAUUCACUUUGCUUAUCAUAUAUAACUCAUGGCAGUGCGAAACAUACAAUGAACAGAUAGCGGUUACAUAUAAAUUUUAUAUCAUGCUGUUGUAAUAUUGUUAUGUAAAUAUAUCUAUUACGGGUUACCUGUCUCUUCGCGGUUGACUUUUAAGGAACACUCGUUUGAAGGUAUCUUGAAAAUAACGGUGCACAUGUUGCACAAGCUUAGAACGUUGCGGUAGGCGAGAUCCGGAUAAAGUGGGUCCCUUAAGAAAGGAAUAACUGUUCAGAUCUUGGCAAAAAUGUACGUUGGGCAAUUGCUGAGCUUGCAAGCGCGCAAAAUCGCCUUCAGGAGCUUCAGUAGAACCUCGAAACUGAAGCAGAUUGAUAACUGCCAAAACCAUAACAAAAUACCGAAGAUUCUUAUCACUGGUGGAUUAGGUCAGCUCGGCAGUGACUGUGCGAAACUCUUGCGCAGCAAGUAUGGAAACGAAAACGUGAUACUUUCCGACAUCAUCAAACCGACUGCCGAGGGUCUACGGAAUGGGCCUUUUAUUUUCGCCGAUAUACUCGACUUCAAGGGUCUACAAAAAAUAAUAGUUAAUAAUCGUAUAGACUGGCUAAUACAUUUCAGCGCGCUUCUCAGCGCCGUUGGUGAGCAGAACGUACCCUUGGCCGUCAGAGUUAACAUAGAAGGAAUGCACAACGUCAUUGAACUGGCGAGACAGUACAACCUUCGGAUAUUUGUUCCUUCAACUAUUGGUGCCUUCGGACCCGAUUCUCCCCGUAAUCCGACGCCGAAUGUUACAAUCCAGCGUCCACGAACCAUCUACGGAGUAAGCAAAGUUCACGCAGAACUCCUUGGAGAAUAUUAUCAUCACAGAUUUGGCCUUGACUUCCGAUGUCUCAGGUUCCCAGGUGUAAUUAGCAGCGACCUUCCCAGCGGCGGCACCACGGAUUAUGCAAUAUCGGUCUUUCACGAGGGUAUGCGUCACGGAAAGUACGAAUGUUAUCUUGAACCGCAUACAAGGAUGCCUAUGAUGUAUAUCGAGGACUGUCUCAACGCGCUUUUUCAGUUCUUAAAUGCACCAAACGAAGCAUUAAGCAGACGAGUUUACAAUGUGACUGCAAUGAGCUUUACCCCGGAAGAACUCUUCACCGAGAUGAAGAAUUAUAUCCCUGAUUUACAAAUCACGUAUAAGCCAGACAGUCGGCAGCUCAUCGCCGAUGCCUGGCCCCAAGUCUUUGACGACAGCGAGGCACGACGCGAUUGGGGAUGGAAACACAAAUACGGUAUAAAGGGCCUCGUUUCUGCCAUGAUUAGAGACGUGAACGAAAACUUCCUACUUAAAAAUACCCAGCAACAAGUCAACAGCUACGUAUAACCAAUCCAGUACUCAACUUUCGAAGUCGUCCUUAGUGUAACUUCCCUUGCGUUCCAGUCAUACAGUGCAACAGCUGCAUGAAAAAAGAAACUAGUUGAACACUAGUUGAACUUUUUGGAAAGGUCGUAUAAUUUUUGAAAGAUAUCUAUUUAUAUUUGUUGUAAAAAAAAAAUAAUUAUAAUAUAUAUAUAUUAAUAAGAAA